AUGCACUGCAAUACAUUCGACCCGCACUUCUACCGGCGCAUGAUGGGCAUCUGGGUUCCACUCGCGCUUUCAGAAGCAGGUCUGCUGGAUAUCCUGCUCCUCGCAGCAUCGCGCCACUUGAAUGAAUGCGACCAGUCACAGCAGGAGCAUUUCGCCCUACUAGCCUUCCAGUACAAGGCUAGCAUUGUGCAGGCGCUAAGAGAGGCGAUCUCGGUUGAGACACCGUAUUUCACGGACUCGACUGUUAUUAAGGCGAUUAUGCUUGCUUACGAUGAGUUAUUGAACAACGACGAAGUAACCAUGAAGCGCCAUGCGGAAGGGGCUGUCCAGAUGGUCACACUGAAGGGGGGGCCCCAAACACUCGGCAUGGACGGACUCGUCGCGGGUUUACUCUUCAAUUUGUUGUCAAAUGUAAAUCAGCACAUUGGUGUUACAGUCAAGCCUCCCUGGGAUCCGUGGAUCGCCGGUUUCGAGGCUGCACGGUAG